AUGUAUUUAACCUUGUCAAGUACUGAAGAAUUCAAAGUACCAAGAGUAGAAAAAAAGAGUGUGGAGGAUGUUCAUCUCCAACCCUCGCUUUUCACAAACUCAUUUGGUAUUUUCGAAAACCAUUAUUACGAUCAGUUUGUAGGUGCAAUUAUUCAAGGUGCAACUACACAAGUUAGUAUAAAGAGUCCGAUUACAGGUAGAUGGUAUCAAAAGUUUUGGUUGCCAGCUGGACCAGUCACAGCGAUCAAUGCUACGUGGGAUUGCUCUAAUCGUACCUAUCAAGGUUACAAAGGAUACAUUGUACAAUGGUCAAGUGACGAAGAGUGGGCAUGGGCACUCUCAUCGAACCUAGUCAACAAUACCGCAUCUUGGAUCGGUGGAAGAGAUGACCCUGCACCUUCAAAGGUCGGUCUAUGGUACUACAACGAAGGUCCACUCAAAGGUCAACCAAUGUAUAAUCUAUUCUUUGAUAAAUGUUAUCGUUGUUGUCAUUUUGGUAUUUUAGAACCUAAUUUAAGAAGAGGAGAGAAUUUUCUUCAUACAUCAUCAAGUUAUAAUAUAUCAUAUUGGAAUAAUAAUGCAAAUACUGCAAGUAUUACCACAUGGAUUUGUGAGUAUGGUGGGUUGAGUCAACCGGCAAUGCAACAGGCUGAAACGUCGGGAGGACCAAUAGUCAUCACUAAUCUGGUUGGUUAUCAACUUUCAACGCUUCAAAUCAACUUUACAAAGAAAUCAACCCCUUCUACCAAAUUUCAGUGUCCUGUAACAUCGAUUAUCAACUCUACAUCGGUCAUUUGCACAUUACCUCCACAAACAGGAUCGUAUUCUGUCUUUUUCUACGACUCCUCUACCACUAGUGGUGGAAAGAAUGACACUGUUCUCUAUCAAUACCAAAGUCCAUUCAUUUCAACCAUCUAUCCUGCAUACAAUGCAGGUGAUACUAUCACAGUGACUGGAAAUAACCUUGGAAAUGAUCCCUCCAAGAUAUCAGUCUCGGUCAGUAAUGGAACCAUCAAGUGUAAUACUGUCACCUUUAUCGUACCUAGUCAGGCCAUUAAAUGUGUACUAGCUAGUGCUCUAGGUCAAAACAAAAUAUUACCUCUUACAAUCACUGUUGACUCUAUUUCAUUUCAAUCUUUUAAAGCUUCUUUAUACUUUGCAAAGAAUAAAUUAUUUUAUUCUGGAUUUAUUAGUGAUACUACAUGGGAUGAUAAUGAAAUAUAUGCAACAAAGUUGAGGGUUGAUGGUCAGGUUGGACAUCGUGGAGUAGUCAAUAAUGUGGAUUUACAUGUAUUUUUAAAUAGGACUUUGCCACUUCCAAUACCGGGACAUUCAUGGGAUACUUGGCAAGGUGCAUACUAUCAACCAACCAAUCAAAAAUACUAUUAUUUGGAUGCUCCUCGAGUGGGUCAAGAAGUUGUCGGAGGGUUGUAUGCUCCGAUUGCACCAAAUAAAACUGGGUGGACUACAACCACUCAUAUCACAUGGUCGAUGUAUUCAACCAAGAUAGUUGGCACUUCAGUCCUCACGACAAUUGGUUCGACCCUGACAGAUUCUCUGAGUGCCAAUGUUCCAAUCGGCAUUGAUGGACCAUACGCGAUAUCAGUCAGCAUCGAUGGAGUGUCUACCACUGCCAACACCCAAUUCAUCCAAUACAAUGCGCCAAAGAUUGAUUCGAUUCCAGGAGGAUUAACUGCAGGUUCCACUAUCAAUAUCUAUGGUAGCAGUCUUUGGAAUCAGUUGGCAAACGUGUCUCUGUCGGUUGGCGGUGGAUUGACUUGCAGCCAGUUGGUUAUAGUUGUUGGACAUCGCCAGUUUGCGUGUGUUGUUCCACCAGGCUCGGGUGGUCCGUUUGCAAUGCAGCUGACUGUUGGCAAGCAGCUAUCCAACGUGUACAACUACUACUAUGCAGCUCCACUCGUAACUGCAGUCACCCAAGAACUGUCUCCCUUUGGUGGAGAGAUUGAAAUCAAUGGUACCAAUUUCUACACUGAUGCAUCUUUGAUUCAGGUUUCGGUCGGGUCAAUCCCAUGCACCUCUGUACGUGUAUUGGUGAAUCACUCGAGUAUAGCGUGUACAGUAUCUGCUGGAAGUGGAAGACAGCCUGUUGUGGUGACUGUAUCAGGUCAACCAUCCAACUCGAAUGUAUCCCUGACCUUCAAGACACCGUACAUGCAGAGAGUAAACCAAGUACAAGACUAUAUCGAGAUUUAUGGAAAUAAUUUUGGUGUAGUCUCCAACUUGAUCAUAUCAGCUGGUAAUGCAUCGAAUAUAGCUUGUCAAGGAAACGAUACGUUCAUUGUAUGCAAUCCACUACCUCUCCAAGCGUCCAGUGGAAACAUAUCAAUCAAAGCACAAAACUAUCCAGCCGAUUCAAUUGAAUUUGCAUUCACUCCAUACAUCACCUCGAUCACACCCAACCAAAACAUUACAACUUGGGGUCAAUACAUUACCAUUUCAGGUAGAUUUUUCGAAACUUGGGAUCCAGUCAACCAGACCUCCUUACCAGCACCACAAAUUUACAAUAGUCAUACCAACGAUUAUUAUUUAAACAAACCGGUUAUCGUCAAUAAUACUCAAACUAUUACCUAUUUUACAGAGAUUGGUGGUACUGGUAUGAAUCAAUUGUCAGUUCAAAUUGGUGAGAGACCAAUGUCAAAUGGAUUACUGUAUACUUGUGCUAGUCCAAUUAUUACUGCCAUUUCAAUUGACCCAAAUGCAACCAUUAGUAAUUACAAUAUUAUUACUAUUUUGGGUAAUGAAUUUGGUCAGAAACCAGACAAUAUCUAUUUGGAUUAUCAAAAUGCCACUAUCCAACCAUCGUGGUUAGAGAAUAUUCCUCAGUUACUUGUCAUAAAGAUACAAGACAAUUCUAAAAACAGUCAAAUCAAAUUGGUAAUUGAUGGAUUACAAUCAAAUGACUUGGAUUUAAAUAUACGUCCAUUUAUAAAGUCUGUUCAACCAAUACCAUACACAACCAAUGGUAAAAUGACUAUCACUGGUCUCUACCUAGUCAACUCUGAUUCAUCUGGUCAAUCCAUACCAUUUGAUAUUAUGUACUAUAGUAAUAAUAAUAAUAAUCAAACCAACAUUUCAAUGGAAUAUAGAUACAUAGAUUUAAACAAGACUAUAAUAGAAUGUAAUGUUCCCAAUGGUUAUGACUAUUUUGACUUUGAAAUUAAAUCAACCAAUCAAACAACUGGUAUUAUCAACUAUCAAUAUGCUGAACCUGUCAUUCUAGAUGCUUCACCUGUAUUUAAAAGAGUUGGUGGCAAUGUGACCAUUAGAGGUGUGUCAUUUGGAGAUGGACAUAAUUUGACAGUUUCCAUUGCUUCUGUGGAAUGUGGUUCUCCUUACUUGUUGGAUACAACUCAUUUGGUGUGUCAUUAUGAUGGUAGUGUUGAUAGUCCACUAAAUGAAACACUCCUCGUUACAGUGACUGCUCAUAACCUAACAGGUAGUAAUUAUGCAUUCCUCUAUGCACAACCUCUAGCAUGUCCAAACAAUUGUUCAGGUCAUGGUACAUGCUCCAAUACAACUGGAAAGUGUACUUGUGAAGUUGGAUACCAAUCAUCACAAGAUUGCUCUGUCAGUGGUGGUGGCAGUGGUACCCCACCCUCAACCGACGGUAAUGGAAACACUACAUUACCAUCUAAAGUCAAUUUUACAGUGGCGGUUAGUCACCUCAGAGAGCUAGAUAUCGACGGACAGACCACUGUUAAAAUCCUCAAAACAAGUACUACCAAAUGGAAUGUAACCAACAACUAUGGUGGUGAUUCAAAUGUCAAACUGUAUCAAGGAAUGUUCCCAAAUGACACUGCAGUUUUGCAAGUCACGGUCACUUAUUACAAUCAAUCACAAGAUAUUGUAUUUGCGGGCCAGACAAUCUCAAUGCCAAGCGAUUCUGUCAAAUAUGAACUAGCUAUUUCAAAUUGGACUUGGACAUCCAAUACCAACACUAUACAAGCCAUAUUCAAUACCAAAUCACCUAAAUACUCUACUUAUAAUUGUCAAGAGAGUGAGGCUACCCUUACUACCACCACCACAUCGGGUGAAUCAAUCUACUUUUUCCAAUUAAAGAAUGGUGGAUCAGUGAUGAAUGCCAAUUUUGCCGACCGUCUAUUAUCAGAUCAACGUGUCAUUAGAACUAGUAUUACACUCCUCGAUUCAAAUGACCCACUCUACCUCGAUGUAGCCACAUCAAAUGACGAAUACAAUUUAUUGGCAGCUGUCAAUUGUCCUCAUUUUGAAAAUAGUGUCAUCAUUGAUCCAUCAUUUUCAGCACUCGUACAACCAGACACUAAAGAUGAUUGUGAAUCUUUAGCAGCAUGGAAGAUAGCAAUUAUUGUAGUAUUCUCAAUUAUCGGUGCUUCUGCCGUUGCCAUUGCAAGUUUUAUAUUAAAUUAA